AUGACGACUGUCGCCGAUGACGGCGGUGAAGCUGGUGUUAAGGUUGGUGUUGAAUCUGGUGGUGCAGCUGGUGGUGCAGCUGGUGUUGCAACUAGUGUUGCAGCUGGCGGUGAAUCUGGCAGUGACGACAAUGGUACCACUAGUGACGACGUUAAGUACAUCGUCAACAACACCGACGAGGAGGAGAUUGACUUCCCCAAUACCGCAAAAGUGCCAGCGACCCCCAAUGCCCUCAAGUCCAACAGAUUGAGCCGCAGCAUACUCACGCCGCAGCAAUAUGACGAAUUACUUUCCAACUUCGACGGGACGCUUGCGGAGAAGAUACCUAUCUACCAGCAAUGGGCCCAGGAGACGCUAAAAAACACAAUGCUUGGUGAUGGGUCCAUGGAGAUCAUCAUUGAACACGCAAGUCUGGAAUUGCAAAAGAAUCUUGAAUACGACAACGUCGAAGCUGUGCUUCAAUUUUGGUUGGAGGCCACCAAACACCCGCGGUUUUACAAUGCCGACUACGUGCCUAGCACCACAAUGUUGUUAGUGAGAUUUCCGGCCGUGCUCUUUAAGCAGAACCAUAACAAUAGAAAACUGUUGACGGAGGCAAUCGUGCGCCUCUUGGAUAUCACUUCCAACCAUGUCCACUUCUAUGUUAAAAGGGCGAUUAUGAACGAGAUGCAGACGACAGAAAUCGUGUAUAUUAUGAGGGAGGUCUUGCCGAUUGUAUUGUUGGGCAAACUUGAUUUGACAAGGCACGGCACUAUCACCCAGAUUAAGUCUGUUUUGCUCAACGCCGAGAAAUUGGGCGUUAUCAGGCUCUUGGAAGCGUUGGACUUAUACGGUAAAAAUUUCGACGAGGACGUCAAGAAGGCGAUAUUAGCUGCUUCUUCGCUGCAGCAGACACCACAAAACGAAAUCUUCUCUGACGAGUCGUCCUCGCUGGCACCGCGUGAGCAAUCGUCCGACGACGACGAUGAUGAUUCUGGUACACAACUGCCUGACCAAUCGCCCCAUGGCCAACCGUUGACCCCGCCCCAACAGCGGUUCCCGCCAAACCUGCAGGGUAAGCUGGCUAAGACCCAGGCGAAUCGCUUGUCGCAAAAGCUGGCAUCAGCUCCUGGUGCUCACGUCGUUGAACACCACAAUGACACCCCUCCUCCGCCGUCGCCAUCAAUGGAAGCUCUGCCGCUGACUGGAAUCCCGGAACUUCUUCGCAACGAACCCAUCUUAUGUGGCCCACAAUAUCAGCCUCGUAAAAGACGCCACCCGACCAACUUUGCCUCGAACAAGAAGCCUCAAAACAAGAAUCUGCGUGUGUCAUCCAGAAUGCCAAGGGCUGCUGCGUCCGUCCCACACGCCCGACCUGUUGCUAGCCACCAACGUCUCGCUGGGCAGCCCCACAUCAGCGAGAUUCUUGCUCUUGUUAAAGAUCGACCAUUCUUCUUUUAUGGGCCGAUAAGUUUAAAUUUUUACUAUUGUGGCCACGGCGAUUCGGGGAUACUGGAGGCAAACUCUUCAGCAUCCACGGUCGACAACGAAGAGUUAGCCGACCGCGAAAUUAGCGCCGAUGAUGGUCACGAAGACGCUGGCCACGACGACGUCCACCACGACGACUCUGGCCACGAAAGCGUUGACAUCAAGUUUUUUGACGACGAGUAUGACAGCAACGAGUAUGACAGCGACGAGUAUGGCAGCGACGAGGUUGACGGCGACGGAUUCAGAAGCAUCAAAUAUUUCAAGCACCGUUGA